CACCCAUUUUAAUCUUGAACAAUCCCCGAGUUUAGCAGUGCGAACAGCGGAUGCUCUACAGACAUGCGUCAGAGUGUAAACACUGUUCUGGUACCAAUAAACCCGCUAUUUAUGGAUAUUUAGACAGAAGAAGAAUUCUGUGCACACUAAACGAUAACCAUGAGCACCGUAUUCUGCUGUGUUUUGGUUUUAUUGAGCUCAGCGGCUCUUUGCACGGACUUUGAAGAGAGACCCAGCAUCCCCAGGAGGAGCGAGCAAACCAUGUUUCUAAAGAGUCACAAAACACGAAAUCUGCUCAGUUUGAAAGAUUCACAGCAGCCGGACCACGUCAGGAUGAAAAGCAGUGAAGAAUCCGCACAAAAUCAGUGUAAAUCACUGCACGGCUAUGAUUCUACCUUAAACAACAACACUCACACGUAUAACUUCAAUGACCUGAGUGGCUCCGUGUCUCUGGCCUGGGUUGGAGACGGCACAGGGGUUCUGCUGGUGCUGACCACAUUCCAGGUUCCUCUUUUUAUCAUGCGUUUCUGACAUUCCAAAAUG